AUGGAUUUGAAUCUCAUCAAACGGGAUGAAUGCGACAGUGGCAAUGAAUUCGACGGCCGCAUCGGCCUGCGCAUCUCCUCCAUCUUCGUCAUUAUGGUCGGCUCGAUGUUUGGCGCCCUCUUCCCUGUCAUCGCCAAGCGUCUUGGUGGACGUCUGGGGAUCCCCUCGUGGACCUUCUUCGUUGCCAAGUACUUUGGCUCCGGCGUCAUCAUUGCAACAGCUUUCAUCCAUCUCCUGGCUCCGGCCGAGCAGGCCCUGACCAACCCAUGUUUGACUGGCCCGAUCAAAUCAUACAGCUGGGUGGAAGGCAUUGUCCUGAUGACCAUUAUUGUCCUCUUCUUUGUCGAGUUGAUGGUCAUGCGCUUCUCUCACUUUGGCCAGGGCCAUUCACACGACGAAGAAGACAACGACCACUCGCACACUGACGAUGGACACACCCACCUUGACCCAGCGGAGGAGUCCAAGGCCGCCCACAUACCAGGUGAAGACCACCUAGGCCACUCGCGCGAGCAUCACGAUGCCGACGACGAGGAGAAAGGCAUCCAAUCGAUCGAGGACUAUGCGGCUCAGAUGACGUCCAUCUUCAUCCUAGAAUUCGGCAUCAUCUUCCACUCGGUGUUCAUCGGGCUCACCCUGGCCGUUUCCGGCCCAGAGUUCACAACCUUGUACAUCGUGCUCGUCUUCCACCAGACCUUCGAGGGCCUGGGUCUCGGCUCCCGCUUGGCCACUCUCCCAUGGCCGAAAUCCAAACGCUCGACACCCUACUGGCUAGGCUUCGCCUUUGGGAUAUCAACCCCCAUCGCCAUCGCUAUUGGCCUGGGCGUCCGCAAGACCUACCCGCCAACCGGCCGCACGACGUUGAUCGUCAACGGUGUCUUCGACUCGAUCUCCGCGGGGAUCCUGAUCUACACGGCGCUGGUAGAGCUGAUGGCGCACGAGUUCAUGUUCAGCAACUCCAUGCGCAAGGCCCCUUUCCGCACCGUGCUGACUGCGUUUAUCCUGUUGUGUCUCGGAGCUGCCCUGAUGGCCUUGCUGGGCAAGUGGGCAUAA